ACGUCGAACUCGUCUCGCAUCACACAAUGGUCAAGGUCAAGGCUCAUCUGCUCCGCAACGAGAACAAGGAGGAACUCGAGAAGCAGCUCGCGCAGUACCGCAAUGAGCUCGCUCAGCUCCGCGUGGCCAAGGUCACCUCGGGCUCUGCCGUCAAGCUGACGCAGAUCCGCAUUGUGCGCAAGGCCAUCGCCCGCGUCCUUACGGUCAUCUCGCAGAAGAAGAAGGCUUCGCUCCGCAAGUUCUACGCCGAGUCCAAGUACAAGCCGCUCGACCUCCGCCCGAAGAAGACCCGCGCCAUCCGCCAGGCCCUCACCUACAAGCAGAAGAACCUCAAGACCAACCGUGUCGCCAAGCGCGCCAUGCAGUACCCGGACCGCGUCUUUGCUGUCCGUGCCUAAGUACAGGUUUAAAGACAAAAGCAACAAGCA